GCCUCACCAACACAUCAUCUGAAUUUAUUGCACACCCCAAGUCAGACAACAGAAAAGAUCGACGGCUGACGCAACUCCCCUCCCAUUGCUACGUGUAGGGCCGUACUCCCUCAAAACACUUUCAGUUGGAGAUUAGAGACAGUUCAGAAGUUAAGAGAAGCAUUUUACUGUUUGCUGAAAUGACAGCAAGUUCAAACCCCACACUGGUAAUCUCAAGGACAGGGAUUGAAAGGAACUGCUACAGACAACAGAAACCAAGAUCUGAAAAGUUCUGCCACUUUUCACAGUCAAGACAAAAGGAUCAAAAAUAUACAACAUCGCCCUACAUUAGGACCUGUUUCAAACUUUGCUUCAAGGAUCGGGCGAAGAUGGAGCAAAGGGAACCGACAGGGGAUCCUAACAUUGAAGGGAGACUCAGGGAACUGGCCUCAAAGUGGUUCAUAGACACUCAGGUGCCACUCAUCGUCAACAACGGCCUCUUACCCACUUGGUUUCUGGGCUUCAUCAGCAGAAAGGAUGCUGAAGACAUCCUCCGAGAAAAGGAGCUGGGCUGUUUCUUGAUCCGUCUCAGCGAUAAGGCCAUCGGAUACAUACUGUCCUAUAAAGGCAGGGAUCGGUGUCGACACUUUGUGAUAAACCAGAGUGAAACGGGACAGUUUGUGGUCUGUGGAGACACCGAAGGACACGACACGGUGCCUGACCUGAUAGAACACUACAAGACGAGCCCCAUCGAGCCGUUCGGAGAAUAUCUGACGUGUUCGUGUUUUGAGGAACUGGAUGAAGAGCUGUAUGAUAUCAUCCAGUUCAGCCCCAAAGAAAAACCUGUUGUUCCCGUCCGAUCUGUGAACAACAAGCGACAGCAACAAAGUAACUCAGAGCAGCAACCUACACUGCCACCAAGGAGCAACAGGACAUCAGAGGAAGUACCACCUUUGCCUCGGAGGAGCCGGCACCUCGACAGCAGCCCCACCAGCGACCAAGACAGGGUUUUGUACGCUCAGCUUAUGAAGCAAUCCCCCCGAGCCCAACACAUCAGCCAGGACAGUUUACCAGGAAGAGCCGAGAGGUCAACAAACAAAGACAUUGGAAGGUGUAGUCCUCCAUCAGGACCAGAAUCUUCCUGCUCUGAGCUCGGCCUGCUGGAAGGCAAGAGCAGGUCUCUGCCGCUGCUGGACAACAUCUCUGACGGAGAGCAGCUGUACAGGCUGAGCGUACCUCCCGACACCCCGCCAAGACUUUCCCCCAAACCACUCAGACAAGCCACCAGCAGCGUCCCGCAGCCCGAGAGGACGGAUACGCGCAGCAGACCGAGCAGCAGCCACAGCCUGGACCGCAUGAAUGACGGUGCAGUCUAUCACCUGGCUGGCCGGCCCGGCAGCCCGCACACUACACCCUUUGACACUAGAUCAUUAAUCCCAAAGCAGCACGGAGAUUCUGUGUACGCCGAGGUUUCCGGUGAAGUUCCCGCCGGGUGCUUUCCUCGUGACAGUGCAUACGAGCUGAUUCCCAGCCACAAGGAAACAGCCCAGCCUAAACCCAACAGCAACACUUACGAGCCUCUGGAGGACAUCAGACCCAAACAUAACUCAUCCUGGGGGUUAAAGAAUGACAAAUGGAAAUGGCUGUUCCCCGAGGCCAAGAGGAAAUGGUGAAGAGGUUACCUGACUAACUGCUGACGAAAAUGUUUUUUUAAAUUGACACUACUGUGCAGCUGACUAAUAUGCACUCUGUGACAACUUGUUUUAAAUAUUUAACAUCAAAUGACGUCUUUUGUAUUUUUAUGUAUUUAUUUAAAAAUUGUGAUGUUAAAGUUUCAUUUUUGUUUCCACGUGUAAUUAAUUAAACUGUGUACUGACAUUUUA